GAGCUCUUGCUCGCUCAAAUUAUCGCGUACACGUUUUUAUAAAACUCAUGAGCAUUUUGGACUUGAUACCAGACCUCGCUGUUCGAUCUUGCUCCGUUGAUGAAGAGAUAAGGAGUCGAGUUGAGUCUUUCCUCCGGGCUAGCGCUAAAGUCUAUUCCCCGCUUGACGUUCAUUGGGCGAGAUGAAAGCCUCCUUAGUCAAAACGGUCGCUGUAACUUCGGCCUUAGCAGCUGUUGUUCACGGCAUUGAUGUAUCAUGGGACGACGACAAGUCUGUCAAAGAAGCUGCUAGUGUUGUUGCGUAUGGCUUAGUAAAAUACUAUACUGGCAACAAUACCGGUGAUACACCAGGCAACCUGCCAGAUCCCUAUUACUGUAAGUCAUGAUGAGGAGGAAUACAUGUUGACUUCAGCAUCUGAUUCGAAACAGGGUGGACAGCAGGGGGUAUGUUCGGUACAUUGAUCGACUACUGGUGGCUUACUGGCGAUGAGAGCUACAACAAGAUUACUACACAGGCUAUGCUGCAUCAGGUCGGAACAAAUGACGACUAUAUGCCCGAUAACCAGACCAUGACAGAAGGCAAUGAUGACCAGGGAUUUUGGGCAGUGGCUGCUAUGUCGGCAGCUGAGCAUAAAUAUCCUGACCCGCCAGCAGACCAGCCGCAAUGGCUAGCACUAGUUCAGGCUGUUUUCAACGAAUAUGUUAGUCGCUGGGAUACAGAGCACUGCGGCGGUGGAAUGCGAUGGCAAAUAUUCACCUGGAACGCGGGAUAUGAUUAUAAGAAUUCUAUUUCGAACGGUUGCUUCUUCAACAUAGCUGCGCGUCUCGCCCGCUAUACUGGCAAUACAACUUACGCGGACUGGGCUGAGAAGGUCUGGGACUGGGAAACCAAGAUCGGACUCAUCAACAGCGCAUACCAGGUCCGAGAUGGUGUCCAUUUCGAAGGGAAAUGCCCCAGCUCCAUGGAUACCAACCAAUGGACCUACAAUAGCGGUGUUUACCUUUAUGGUGCUGCUGCCAUGUACAACAUGACCGGGAAAGCUUCGUGGAAAACCCGAGUAGACGGCCUACUGGGGGACAUAAAGAAUAGGUUCGUGAAAAACGGUGUUAUCUAUGAGCAAUUCUGCGAGGAGCAUAAGCUAUGCAACCUCGACCAACAGACCUUCAAAGGCUAUCUCAGCCGUUGGAUGGCAGCUACCGCACUGGUAGCUCCCCAUACCUCCGAAUACAUCACACAGACGUUGCUAUCGACUGCAAAGAAGGCUGCCGCUUCGUGUUCAGGAUCACCCGCCUCGGGCUUCGCAGGCAAGGCUGGCACGGCUUGCGGCUUCACAUGGUUGACCAACGGGUUCGAUGGGAUCGUUGGGGUCGGACCGCAGAUGAGCUCUCUGCAAGCUAUCAUGUACACCCUCGGUCAGAAGGCGAGACCGCCAGUGACAACGAAGACUGGAGGAACGUCAAAAGGAAACCCGGGUGGUGGCCAGACGAGCAUGGAUGUCGACGUGUCGAAACCGAAAUAUGCAAAGAUAACAAUGAUGGACAGGAUAGGGGCGGGCGCGAUAACAUGUAUGAUUUUAGCCAGCAUUAUUGGGGGUUCUGUCUUUGCUACUAUCUAAGUAUUUCUUGUCAAAUCAAUUUUCCUCUGCUUCUAUUCAUCAUAAGA